UGUCUCCGACAGCCGGUUUUCGGAAAGCAGAGAAUGAUCUUGCUCGCAUCGCGUGGUGAUGGAGGUGAAUAAAAGUGCAACUAGCGAACAAAAUGAAAGUGAACGGAAGUGAUAUGUUGUUCAAGGUCGAACCCACGGGCCAUGACCCCGCUGUAAAGUCGGGCCUUAUAAGCGCUAGAAUGGAGGCGAUUCUUCAACAAAUGGCAGCUUACGCUGCCCGGCUAGCUCAAUCGGUAGAGCGUGAGACUCUUAAUCUCAAGGUUGUGGGUUCGACCCCCACGUCGGGCUCAAUUCCCGGCGUUUCCAAACGUCCUUUCUUUUUGCGAUUUUGCACUUCAUGUUUUGGUGAAUUUUCUUUCUUUUUGGGUUCCUGAUUUUCGGGUUUGGUCUAUUUUUUUUCUUCCUGUCCACGAUGCAUCAUCGUUCUUUUGUCAUUCGAUUGCUUCCAAAUGCUUUCAAUAACAGAAAUCUUCUCUUCCCAUGUAUCAGCGGUAAAAAGGCCCUCGAGUUGUUUCGAGGCGCGAAUGCGGCGUGGAUGACUCCGUACAGU